UGCACACAGCGAGCGAAAUAGGUCACAAAAGUGACAUUCAGCUUAGUUUAGUGAAGAUUUAGUGAUAUUAACACAAGAUGGCGUUCAAGUCGAGUAUAGUUCUACUGGCAUGUGUAGUUGUAUUAGCGUCAUCAGCUGUACCAAAGAACACCCGCAAGAAGCCAGCUAAUCCGCCAGCUCGCGUCGCCGCCGAUGUGGAGAGAGACGCCGAGAUCACCAACACCUGCCCCGACGACGGGUUUUUCGCUGACGCGGAGCAAUGUGACAAAUAUUAUGAAUGCAGAAAUGGUGAAAUCAUUGAAAAACUGUGCCCCGACGGCAUGGUCUUUAACGACUACAGUCCAGAUGAAGAAAAAUGUGAUCUGCCCUUCAACAUUGACUGCUCGCAAAGGCCCAAAUACCAGGUGCCCAUCCCAUCUUUGCACUGCCCCCGUCAAAAUGGCUACUUCUCCCACGAGGAUCCGAAAGAAUGCGGCAAGUUCUACUAUUGCGUGGAUGGAAAGUUUAACAUGAUCACAUGUCCCGAUGGACUCGUGUAUAAUGACAGGACUGGUAUCUGCACAUGGCCCGAUGAGGCUAAGAAGAAGGGUUGCGGUGCAGCUGAGGUUUUCGCAUUUGACUGCCCUGCAGUAAAUGAGACGUUUGGUCUUACCCACCCUCGUUAUGCCGACCCAGAGGACUGUCAAUUUUUCUAUGUUUGCAUCAAUGGCAACACUCCACGCCGCUCCGGAUGCAAGCUCGGACAGGCCUUCGACGAUGUUAGCAAGAAGUGUGAGUGGGCCAGGAAGGUCCCUGAAUGCGCGGACUGGUACAAAGGUCAAUUAACUGAUGCCGAGCUAGACGCCCUAGAGAACCCACCUACCGUUAAACCCAGACCGUCAUCAGCAUCACAGCCGUCGCGCCGCAAACCACAACGCCCCAGCAAAGGAAAAGCUGUAGUCAUCGAUGACGAGGAGUAAAGCAUUUGUUUAGUGUAAUAAAUGAUUAA